UGUGGGCUGCUCUUGUCAACUCUGGUUUUCCCCCAGGGCCCUCGUCUGAGCUUGGGGGGCAUGGAGACUUGGCAUUCCCUCCGGCACAGAGAGGGGAGAGUGCCCUGCUCAUCAGCUUCACUUCGGCACAGCAAGUGGGCUGCAUAUGGACCCGGCUCAGUUGUGUGGGGGAGCAGAGCUGGCCAUCUGCUGUGCGGCUCCCUGCGUUCGCCACUGAUCACCAUUGGUGAGUGGCAACGCCCAAUUCUUUGAGAGGUUUCCUGGCGUCCCUUAACUCCCAACACCCUGCCAUACUCAGCCUGCUAAACCUGAAGGUGGAGCUGAAACACCGCUUUCUAAACUGGAGCGCACAGCUAGGGGAUUCAGUCUUGACAGAAGGAUCCUGGAAUCAGACAGGACUGCUCGCACAAGGUUUUGAAACUUGGCAAGAUUUGCUUUAGGCAAGAUGUGCUGCGGCUAAACUUUUGAUGGUGCCCUGCCUAUGGAAUAAAAAGAAUAAUUCAUGAAUAUGCCUGAACGGUGAAAUUAAGUGGUGCAUGGGCUGGCCUGCUGCAGAGGGGCGAAUUUCACCUUUAAAGAGUAUAAAGCUGGUAACAUGCUGCUUUUCUGUGUUGACUCCAAACCAAAUCUUUCUGUGAUACCGGGCUUUGAAUAGCAUGAUCUGAUUCUCCCUUGGGCUUUCUCCGGAAGAUUGUCUUACAAUUAAACCGUGCUAUUCAGUCCCAUCUCCAUGCAAUUAGGAAAGAAAGCUGGCCCACGCUGCCCAUGAAUCAUAUGUCAUGUGCAUCAGUUUGAUGGAUAUCAUAAAAACGCCUCAGUCAGAUUUGACCUUCUCCUGUGGGGUGGGGACGCUGACAUUGGCGCCUCCCCGGAAACGAGCUAGGCGGUGAUCUUGUUUUCCUGCAGAUCAGAAGGGGAAUGGGAAGCCUCAGUCUUUGCAUUGGAAAGGGAGCUCAUUAGCACGGCGGCCGCAGCGCCGCCCCAGCCCUGGCCCGGAGAGCUCCAGCCAGCGGGGUUAGCCAGUGCGGUGGAGCCAGGUGGUGCACGCAUGCUCCUCCAUCUGCAAUCCCCCCUCCUCCCGCCUCGUCUCCUCCCACUCCUGUCCCGAGCCAUCAAGAGGGACCAGCUCAUCCAUUUCUGCCAGGGAAGGGAACAAGGGGCUGAACAAUACGGCACCACGCCCUAGCCCUCAAUCCAGCCGGCGGCUUCUAGCCGCGGCAGCUCCUGGGCCUUCAGCACCACGAGGCUCGGACAGCUCCCUGUGCCUCCGCCGCAGGCUGGUGCGGGGCUCGGCGCUGCGGGCUGGGGCUCAGGUUACACACAAAGCCGGCUUGUGCAAAGCAGGGCGCCUCCUCAUUCCUCAGUCCAGCGAGCCCGCCUCCCUGCGAGCUCUGCAGCCAGCCUCGCCUCUAGCAGCUACCCCGAAGGCCACAAGGAUGGUUUUCAACUGGGCGACGCUGGUUCAGGUCCUGGCGCUGAUCGUGAGCCAGGUUCACGGCUUCCCUAAGCCCGAGAGCAGCAGAGAUAAAGGUAUAUACAACAGAGAAUUAAGUGAAGAGAGACCAUUGGAGGAACAGAUUGCUGAAGCUGGGGCAGGCAAGAUCAGGAAAACACUCCCUACAGAAAAUAAGCCAGAGUUCAGAAAUUAUUCCUUUACUGAUGACUUGAACCUGCUAAAGUCAGUAACAGGAAAAGAGAGGAAUGAAAAGGAGAGGGAAUCAAUCCUACAUGAUCAUCAACAACCGGCCCCUGAUGAUGCAGACUCCACCAAGAACCGCAGGCUGGUAGAUGACUAUGACUCCACUAAAAGUGGACUGGAUUAUAAAUUUCAAGAUGAUCCAGAUGGUCUUCAUCAGUUAGAUGGCACUCCCUUAACUGCUGAAGACAUUGUCCAGAAGAUUGCCACGAGAAUUUAUGAGGAAAAUGAUAGAGGAGUAUUUGACAAAAUUGUCUCAAAGCUUCUAAAUCUGGGUCUAAUCACAGAGAGCCAGGCCUAUACAUUAGAGGAUGAAGUGGCUGAGGUUUUACAGCAGUUAAUUGCUAAUGAAGCAAAAGAUCGUGAGAAGGAGUCAGAAGAUCUUGAUUACCCUCCAAGCAGAACAGACAGUGAUACAGAAGAAAAGCAGGAGGAAAAAAUGUUUGUGGAGACACCAAACAUUGCUGAUCAAAUUGGUGUUAUGAAUGGAGAAAUUGAUGAUACUUUGGAUAAUACCUGGCCCUCCUCCAGUGUCUUGGAAAGAAGAAACGAGCUGCCUUCUGAGGAUAAUUUUGAGGACCUCCAGUAUUUCCCAAACUUUUAUGGACUACUAAAAAGUCUUAACUCAGAGGAGGCAAAAGAAAAAGAAACCCUGAUAACUAUCAUGAAGACACUGAUUGAUUUUGUGAAGAUGAUGGUUAAAUAUGGAACAAUCACACCAGAAGAAGGUGUUUCGUAUCUGGAAAACUUGGAUGCAAUGAUAGCUCUGCAGACAAAGAGUAAACUUGAAAGCCCCCUGACCAGCACCAAAAACAAGCUACUAGCAGAUAAGAGCAAUGAAGAGGCAGACAGUACAAAGGAAGAAGCAGCUAAAAUGGAAAAACAAUAUGAAACAUUGAAGGAUUCCACAAAAGUGGAAGAACAAAAUACAGCAGGAAACAAUGAAGAACCAAAAGGGAAAGCUGAGGCGUAUUUGGAAGCCAUCAGGAAGAAUAUAGAAUGGCUGAAGAAGCACAACAAGCAGGGAAAUAAAGAAGAUUAUGAUCUUUCAAAGCUGAGGGAUUUCAUUGAUCAGCAAGCUGAUGCUUACGUGGACAAGGGCAUCCUUGACAAAGAAGAGGCGGAUGUGAUCAAGCGCAUAUACGGCAGCCUGUAAAAACACAGGAAGGAUGGUGAAGUCACUUGACUGCCCAAUAUGUAGGAAACUAUAGUAUAGCUUCACCCACUCCUAGCUCAGUGACCUCAGAUCUGUUACUUUGAGGAUAUCAUUAGAAAGUGCUCUGUUUGCGUUGUACUGAAUCUUUUCUAGGCAAAAGUGAAGAGCUCUAUUGCUAUGUACACAGACUGCAUACUGUAUUUUCCUAUACACAGAUAUCAACCCCAAAGGCUGAAUUAUGACAUCAAAUUUAUACUUAACAGGGUAAACAACAAAAAGUUCUCUUUGACAUACUGUCUGCAUUUGGUGUGCUCUGGUCGAAAGCCGUGUGUUUUUGGAGGAAAGUUAUUUUGACACUGCAUCCUUCUGCUCUCACUCCAUUAGCUUUUCAAAGAUGCUAUUGUAUGUAUUUGUAAAGGGCAUUAUUAGAACAUGAAUGAUAGUUACUAGUUCUACAAAUAAAUAUUUGAAAAUAAUUUCCAUAUUAAAAUUGUCAUUAGUCUCAUUAUUAUUUUAUGUCUAGAAUGUCUUAUUUUUAAAUCAUUGGUGUAUCAUCGUUUUUCCUGUCAGUGUUUGUGUUUGCACAUUCACUAUUACAGCUCCUUGAGUACGUGUGCCAUUAACUAACUAAUGUAUCUCUGACACUGCAACUGCCUUUAAUACAGGUGGUACAGGAAAGAGCUGAAGUUUCCCCUGCCAACCAUGGUAGAGACAUUGUCAUUAACACCCUUAGCAGUUCUUUAGUGUAUCCUUUGAUAACUGUCAGUUCUUUGUGCAUGUAUAAACAACUGCAUUCUUGAUGUGAGUAGCCUGGUAACAGUGUAAAUAGCGUUGAAUUGCUAAGUAAAAAAUGUAAAGAUAAUGAAAUCAUUUUGAGGGGGGCUUGCAAUUAGAGAUGUGCUUAGGAACAUGUGGCCUGAUUUUCAGACAGACUUUAAUGGGAGUGGAAGGAGUGCAGCAUUUCUGAAAAUCAGGCCAAUGGUCCAUUUAUUGACCUCUGAACUGUACUGGAUGAUAUUAUUUCCUUUAGCAUUAUGGGAAAACUCUCUCUCUCUCUCUCUCUGUUGUAUGUAAAAGCGAAGGCAAAGCAAUGAGUUUUGAAGUUAGUUCUGGAAGUUGUCAGCCUUAACUUUUGUGGGAUUGAGUGAGUUCUCUAGUCUAGCUCCUGGGAAAGUUCUGUCUCCUGCACUCAUUGGCUUCCUUUUGGAUGAUUGAGAUUAACUCCCAUUUGACAUUAGUUUUAAAUCUGGGAUGUUCACUUGACUGCCAUGAAGACUAUAGGUAAAUACUUGUCUGGCUGUGUAGGGACUGUGGAUGUACAAUAUGCCCUUGAUCACCCCAAGGUCUGUGUUAGCGUCACAUAGGGAGACUACCUACUUCCUUAUUUUCUCAGCACUCUUGAGAAUAAGAAGGGAAAAGAUCUGAACUACAUUUUUCCUGACGGCCAGAAUGAACUCUGGCCAAUAGCCAGCAUAGUGCAAACACCUACCAACGUUACCAGUAGCAAACUUCAAUCGAACGUAAUAGCAAUGAGCCAUAAUAAUAUGUACGUUAGAAGGCUGUUGGUGCAUGGAUUGAUUAGUGCCUUCAAGCAUCCAAGAAGUGUACCAUAACCUGCUUAUAUGCACCCUGGUUAGUGCAUUAUCGGUAUGGGUUAUUGCAUUAUAGCUUUGCUCAUUAAUAAUAUUUUUUUUAAGAAAUCAAAAAGAAUAUUGAAUAAUGUGAUCCGUGUACUCCUCUGCUAUGAAAAACAGUACCUAGUAGCAGUAUAAGAGAAAAUUAUGGGGAAAAGGUUCCCUUGCUAUUUCAAAUGAAUGUGUGGCGGGGUGUUCCUAGCCCUUCUUAUCUCUUUUACAUUUUCCUUUUGUUCGCCCACUCCCCAUUUUAAGGUUCCCUAGACUAUUUAGACUCCUUUUUCCUCCUCAUGCCCCUCAAAAGAUCAGUUACCCUUUGAUAGCAGUUCGUGGCCCACCCGCCAC